CUAUUCGAAGAUUUCUCUUUAGUAUCGUGUAAUCAUUGAAAACAUUAAACGAUUUUCAUUGCGGGCUUAUCCUCAUCUUUCUCAUAAUUAUUAUUACGGAUGUGUAUUUAUAAAAAUUUGAAUUAAAUCGUUUAGUAAUUUUGACAAUAACAACGGCUGUUACCAGUGUGUGUCUGGGUUUUGGACCAGUAAUUCUCACUGGUCGUUAUAGGAGAUACUGUCGCCGCCGCUAUUGAGCUCCAUGAGCCCUCGUAGCCGAAGGAUGAGCCACAAUUACAAUGACAUCCCAGUGGGUGUAUUGGCUGUUAAAGCAUUAGCACACAAAUGUUGUCCACAGCUAAGAUGGAAAAAAGAGACUGUAUUUAAAAUCUCCAUCUUUGCACUGACUUACAUGGCCUACACCUGCUAUCAUAUGGCACGUAAACCAAUAUCGGUUGUGAAAUCGGUAUUACAUACAAAUUGCAGUGAAACAGUUGUGCAUAAUUCCUCCUCCAGUGAUUGUGGCUAUGCUCCAUUUGAUGACUCCAAUGCUCCCGCUUUGUUUGCUGCCUUGGAUUCAGCUUUUCUAUUUGCCUAUGCUGGGGCAAUGUUUUUGUCUGGAUUUGUGGCCGAACGAGUAUCGUUACGCUACUUUUUGGCCUUUGGCAUGAUCUUAUCGGGAGUUUUUUCCUAUCUCUUUGGAGUGGCCAAGACAUGGGGUGUUCAUGCCAUGGCAUAUUUUGUUCUUGUCCAAAUAUGUGCGGGCAUUACACAAACAACUGGUUGGCCCGGUGUGGUCACUUUGAUUGGACGAUGGUUUGGCAAAUCUAAACGUGGUCUGGUUUUUGGCAUAUGGAAUAGUCACACAUCGAUUGGCAAUAUUCUGGGUACCCUCAUUGCGGCCUAUUAUGUGGAAAGAAAUUGGGCCAUGUCAUUUAUUGUGCCGGGUAUAAUCAUUGCCAUGGUUGGAUUUAUUCAAUUUCUGUUUGUGGUUGAUUGUCCGGAGAUGGUGGGUGUCAAUCCCGAAAGUACUCCCCACCAUGCAACAGACGUAUCACCGCCCAAUGAUUCCGAUAUAGAAGACUACGAUUCAAAUGGCGCAGAACGUACACCAAUUCUUAGUGGUCAUGCCAGACAACGUCCCAUAAGUUUAGUCAAUGCCCUUUAUAUUCCUGGUGUUGUGGAAUUUUCUUUGUGCUUAUUUUUCUCAAAGUUGGUGAGUUAUACAUUCCUCUAUUGGCUGCCCUUGUACAUUCAAUCAUCGAGUACAUUGGGACCCAGUCUAUCGGCUGAUCUCUCCAUUUUGUUUGAUGUUGGUGGAAUAUUUGGAGCUAUUGUUGCUGGCAUGAUAUCUGAUGCCACGGGCAUGUCAGCGACAACCUGUACCGUGAUGUUAUUGCUCGCAUCACCGGUGCUUUUGUUAUAUCAAGCAUACGGAGCUGUAUCUGUUUUUGUCAGUGUGUUCCUUUUGUUGGUUGCUGGCUUUCUAGUAAAUGGACCCUAUGCUCUCAUCACAACAUCGGUCAGUGCUGAAUUGGGUCAGCACAGUUCAUUGGAGGGCAAUGCCAAAGCAUUGGCCACAGUAACUGCUAUUAUAGAUGGAACUGGUUCAAUAGGAGCCGCCAUUGGCCCCCUUAUGGCCGGCAUGAUUUCCUCUCAUGGCUGGCAAAAUGUCUUUUAUAUGCUGAUAUUAUCAAAUAUUUUUGCUAUGAUACUGCUGCUAAGAUUGGUGAAAAAAGAAUGCACAAGAGUUGUCAGAUCACGAAUACGUAUAGAAUAAUAGAUUUGAAUUUUUUUUCCUCCACUUCAAUAUAUAUGCGUGUAUUGUCGUUGUGUACUAUAAACAAGAAUCUACAAAAAAAUGCCUUCUCAAUCAUAUCUCUGAUCAUCCAUCGUCUGUUUAUAAAUAAUUUAGUGUACUGUGUAUAAAGGAUGUAUAGGAUUUGUUGUGUUUUAUGAUGACGAUUUUAGCCAUUACGUUUAUUUGAUAUAUAAAUGUUUUAAAUCGAAUUUGUAUUUAUUUUUUGAGGCUUAGUUUUACCUUGUAUUUGUACAUUACACCCAUAAAGAUAAUGAAAAAGCCAACACCCUCCCUUUUGUAUUGAGUAAAUUAUGAAAUAAGUGACUAUGGAUACUGCAUUCGUACAAAGUAAUAUGUUUUUGUAAGAAACUCCCCCCCCCCCCCCACACACACACACUUUUUGAUAUAUAAAAAAAAACCAAAAAAGAAAAUAAACUAAAUACAUUUUAAAUUA